UAUUUAUGUGGUCUGUUUUGUUUCUUUUUCCCCCCAAAGUAUUAUUUAAAAGUUCUUUACCUUGUCUUGUUGGCAGUUUCUCUCCAUCUGAUGAGGUCUGCAAUUACAUGUCACUGUAACAGGUCACUUUGCAAUUACAUGCUCCACCAAAGAAUCUUAUCCCCUCCUCUGAACUGCACCACUGCUCGUAUGGCGGACCGAAAUAGAAUAGUUUCAUGUCUGUUUGGAUGGCAGCCCAGCUAAAACUAUGCUCCACUGUGACUGACAGUGGGAUGUGGACUGUUUUAAGAAAAAAACUAUAAGGCUAGUUGCGCUUAGACUCAGUUCACUUGUCCUCCAACAGGCUUUGGUUGCUGUUAUCCCAGCUGGGCUCUAAAAGAGGAGACAAAGCUAAACAGAGUUUGAGUCAGAGUGGAUAAAAGUGAGCAGAGGAACAGAAGGCCUGGGGAGCAUACGGAUAGAAGCACAAGCCCUGACUAUGACCUCCAACGGGAGCACCUUAAUGUUCAGUCUCUAACCAAGACAACGGAUGCGGAAGUGAAGAAAGAUGGCCUCAGAAAGAACGUCGACCCCUCAGAGCAGCUCGAGACAGAGCAGCUCACUCUCGUCGUCACCGAUGAGUACCCGUAUGCAGACUCUGCAGGUGGACUCAGUCCAGCGGUGGAUGGAGGACCUCCGCCACAUGACAGAGGUGGAGUGCAUGUGUGUCCUUCAGGCCAAACCCAUCGGGGUGGAUGAAGAUUCACACCAGGGGGAACUUAUAGUGACCUCUGGCAUCACUGCAGGGGACCACGUGGCCAGAAACAACCUGCAGACGCUGCUUCGCCGUGCGCUAGUGGUCAGCACAGAGCUGGGGAAGAUGUUCCAGCGGCUAGAGAAAGGUCGCUGGCAGAGGGUCCACAGCACAGCUGUACGUGCAAACUGCCAUGUGCGUUCGCUUGUACUUGAGUACAGCGCUGCUCGGAGCACGCCUCCUGAAAUGCAGAAGUAUGAGAAAUCACUGCUGGAAAAGUGCAUGGAGCUAACUAACAUCACAGAGAGGUGCCUUCACACAGAUAAUGAAUUCUUCCUUAAAUCGAUGAGGGAGGCUAUCCAUGAGAUCCUCACAGAUGUCAGUGAUUCCUUCAGCAACAUGAUUGACAUGGCGUUAGCCAAUGAGAUCCGGGUGCUGAUCAAACAGAUUGAGUCAUCAGACUGCGUUCAAACUAUUGGCUGUGCCAUUAGCAACUUGCUGUCACUCACCCAGGAUGGACCCCAGCUCUGCAGCAUCAUUGCCAAGGAAGGUGCUGUGGUGGCCCUGUUUAAGAUCUGCAGGCAGGACCGCUUCAGAGACCUGUACGCUCACGCUCUGAGAACGGUGGCCUCCAUCUGCUGUGUGGAAGAGGGCAUCAACCAACUGGACAAGGUGGAUGGGAUCCUGUGCCUGGCAGACAUCUUGACGGAUGAAAGCAGCGUGGAAGCAGCCAGGGCCGAGGCUGCAGCAGUCGUGGCCCAGAUCACUUCACCCCACCACACAUCCACUCAGCACCUCGCCAGCUUCCUGGAGAGCAUGCACGACAUCGUUACAGCUCUGAUCAAGCUGUGUGAGAGCGCCUCCUGUGGUGAAGUGUUUCUCCUGGCUUCUGCAGCGUUGGCCAACAUCACUUUCUUUGACAGCAUGGCCUGUGAGAUUCUCCUGCAGCUGAACGCCAUCCACAUCCUGCUGGAGGCCUGCAAGGACCGCCAGAGGGUGGACACGCCCUACUCCAAAGACCAGGUGGUGACAAUUUUGGCAAAUCUUUCUGUUUUGGAGCCAUGUGCUUCUGAAGUCUUACAAGAGCAAGGAGUAGAAAGACUGCUCCUGCUGCUGGGAGAAAACCCAUCCUCCCCUAACCCAUCAGAGGUUGCCGCCUGCGAGCGAGUCCAGCAGAAAGCUGCUGUCACGCUGGCCCGCCUGAGCAGAGAACCUGAUGUGGCACAGACUGCCAUCCAGCUAAAAGCUGUCCCUCGUCUCAUUGAGCUGUGCCGCUCCCCCACUGAGAGAAAUAACAGUGACUCUGUUCUGGUUGCCUGCCUGGCUGCUUUGAGGAGGCUGGCAGCAGGCUGCCCAGACAGCAUCGAGGCAGCUGACCACCAGCAGCUGAUCAAACCACGGCUAGUCGACUCUUUCCUGCUGUGCUCCAACAUGGAGGAGAGCUUUGUUUGAUGGCCUGCACAGUCGUACUCGGAGCAUCAGUCUUUCAAAUGAAGUUUUGUUUGCUGCUUUUCAUCCUGAGAACAUGUCAGAAAUUUCAUCCUGGAUUUGGCUAAAUGGAGUCAAACUGCACGGUGUCCAAAUGAAUUAAUGUAGAAUACAUAAUCAUAUGCAUGCAUAAAGAUGAAUGUAUGGCUUAAUACAACCACAGUCAUUGUAAAUUGUUUACAGUGGUUAAAAAGAGCUUAUUAGAUCAUUUUAUUCCACAGGAAAUUUGAAAUGCUAGGAAUAAUUUUGAAUAGGUGCAAAUUCUGGAUAUUUUCUUUCACAGUGCAGUUUCUUUUUGUUCUUCUCUAUCAAGAGUGUUUCAAACCAAAGAAAGGAAAUCUCAUUGUUAUCAGUGUGUUUUGCGAUGAGUGAAUGAGUGUUUGAAUCAGUACUAUGAAAUGAUUGUCUUGAUAAAAAGAAAAUGCAAUGGCACAUUAUGUUAUUUCCUUGAACUUAUUUGCCAUUAAUCUCAAAUAUUACAGUUGCAGCUGAAAAAAAGUCUUAAAUUAAAAAUGAUUCUUAUUUAUAUAGAUUUACCAAUGUAGUAUCCAACGCAUUUAAUAAAGAUAUGUAUUGUAUUGUCAAGAGUUUCUCUGUACUGUCCACUAUGUCCAGAUUUUAUGUUGUAAAUGGUUUUGUUAGAGUCUGUACAUAAAAAUGCAACAGCAGCUCUUGUAAUAGCAGCAUAUCAGUGUAUCAGUGUGUUUGUAGCCUAACCAGGAAAAUGCGAAAUGAGAUCCCUGUAUGCAGAAAUGACAAAGAAAGUCUCAUCUCAGCAUGCAUAAAACGUCUGGAACAGAGAGCUUUUUUCUACAAGAACAAGUAUUUUUGACUGUAUGCUCUUUUCUGCUAUGGUUUUUAUUUAAACAUUUUGUCUCAUAAA